UCAACCCAGUCGGACGUCGAAGCCUCAUCUCCAAGAAUGGAGCAAGCUGACAAGCAUUUCAUCUUGAGAAUCGCGGAACGUAUCUCUUUCUGCUUUGAUAUCUAUCUGGGCGAUGUUGGGGGUAAGCAAAGCUGUGCUGACCAUGAGGAUGUCAAUGUGGAGAGAAUGUCAAAACCUGCAAAGAAAAAAUUGAUCUUUAGCAAUGACGACAUGUCGCCGCUGCCGGUCAAUCCACCUCCUGAUGCUCCAUCAGAACAGGAGUCGCAACAGCGGCAGCCACCACAGCAGUCGAUGACCCCACCUCAGGAGUCGCUGAUCUCGCCCCCUGCCGAAACACAGCUGUGGCGGUCAGAUGAGUCGGCAGUAGGUGGCAAAGAGGGUCAGGAGGUGAAGAAGAAGUCACAGGAAAAGAGAAAAAACAAAAAUAUUCCCCCUAACACGCCAGAGGAUGUCAGCACACCAAAACUCCCCAUUGCUCCACCCGCCCCUCGUAAGAAGCUGAUUCCUAGAGUCAUUAAAACUAUGCCCGUCAUUGACAGCGAUGACGAUGAUCUCUUCGCUUUCAAUUCGCAAAUGUUUUGAAUGAGAGAUGUAUUUGCCCUAAUAAAUCAAUGAGCUGUAUUUGCCCUAAUAAAAAUAAAAUGUCCCAUCGACUCUGCAUAACCUUUC